AUGUUUCACCUCUUUGGAAUCGAGAUUCCAUAUCUCGAAGCGAGUCUCAUCCGCAUAAGCAAGGUUGAUUCCAUCGGGAGACAGGGAAAACCGAUGAGCGAAACUCGUUUGAGGCCCGAAUCGCUCGCCGAAACGCUCAACAUCUUGGACUGGUUGAUUCUUGAAGACUUCGAUGUCAAUCUCUUUGUCAUUGAUAAGAUCCCACACUAUGACGGGAUCCGUUUCCUCGGGGAGAUGUUGGAUCCGGAUAGCCGCCCUGGUAGCUGA